AUGGUUCUCUCCACUAAACCUCCUUUCUCCUGUGUGUGUUUUGCAGUGGACGGCUGCACAGACUGGUCCAUAGAUUACCUGAAGUACCAGGUGUUGGUGGGGGAGCCCGUCAGACUCAAGUGUGCCCUGUUCUAUGGCUACAUUCGGGCCAACUACAGCCAGGCGCAGGGCGUGGGCCUCAGCCUCAUGUGGUACCGCAGCUCCGGACUGGGCCACAGCGACUUCGAAGAGCCCAUCUCCUUCGAUGGAGUGAGGAUGAGCAAAGAGGAGGACUCGAUCUGGUUUAGACCCGCGGACUUCCAGGACGUGGGGCUCUACUCCUGCGUGCUCCGGAACUCGACUUACUGCAUGAAAGUCUCCAUGUCCCUGACUGUGGCGGAGAAUGACACAAACCUGUGCUACAACUCCAACAUGAGACGCAUUGAAAAGGCCGAGCUGAGUAAGACCAAAAACAUCACCUGCCCCAACAUCGAGGACUACGCCGAGCCGGGAAAAGAGCUGGACAUCACUUGGUACAAGGAAUGCCGUCCGAAGCAGUGGCGUGCCAACAUCCUCUAUAAAGGAAGCAAUCUGACGUUUGAAGAGGUGACGGAGGAGGACAUUGGAAAUUACACGUGUGAAGUGCAGUUCGGAGGCUUUUGGGUCAGACGGACGACAGAGCUCAUAGUCACUGUGUGCAUGUUUGUAAAUCCACUCCACGGCUCGAAACUGUCUGCAUGA